AUGUCGGGCAAUGACGACUUACUGUAUAUCCUAGAAGCUCAUGGCCGCGAAUUCUUGAACUCUUUCUCACAGCCACAAAGUGGUGGCAAGAAACGGAAGAGACGUGAGCUUGAAGAGUCCAGGUUCGAUUGGGAGAAGUCAGAUGAGUGGCAGGGUUUCGGUACAGUGACGGCAAGAGACGCAGCAAGUGAUAAUGCCGACCUCGGAGGAAAAGUGAAUGGCAAUGAUCAUGCCUUCCCCUCGGAGUCCACAUCCACACGCGCUCCUGCUGUUGUAAUAUUCUCUGAAUCAAAACUGGGAUCAACGUCGACUUUACGCUCGACCAAAGCUCAUGGAAGCUCCUUCAUGGCUGCCAAAGUCUCAAAAUCAAGGCUCGACUCAACUCCUGUCGAAGCCACUCUAGAUUCGGACGAUGGUGAUGAGGGAGAAACCUCAAAUAUUCAGAAUGACGCCGCGCUUCGUCGUCUAAUCCAUACCAAGCUGCUUUCUGGAUCGUUAAAUCCUGAUCUUGAGCUCACUGCUGCACAGCGUAAGAAAGCGUUAUCUGGGCGCAUCGUCGAAUUAGCAGGGGGCGCACGGCUUGGCAAAGGAGAGAAGCUUGUACGGGAAAAGGAGCGGAACAGGGCUGCGAAACAUAUUCGAGACGGGAUGGCAGAUAAACAAGCACAAAGACGAGAUAAACAAUUAUCAGAAGCCAAAAAUAUCGGUAACUAUCAUCCAACAAUCAAGAAGCUAUUUGAAGACCCUUCGGAGUUGUCAGCGAGAAAACGGGAAAAGGGGUUACGUAUGGGGGUUGGUAAAUUCAGUGGGGGUAUGCUCAAGUUGAGCAGAGAAGAGGUUGAUUCCGUCAAUGCUGUGGGCCGCUCUUCUCGUGGUCGUCCCUCCAAUAACUCUAGUAGAGGGCGAGGACGAGGACGAGGAAUGAGGUCACGCACAACCACUUGAAGGUGCCUUCGUUGACAAGCAUUGUACAUGAUCUAACUCGACUUUUUGUGCCAUGCAAAGGUUGUUUCAAAUGUCUCAUGUGUACGACGCAACUAAUUUACGAUGUCCGUCAGCAGCCGUGUAUAUACUUCUUUGCAGCAGAUUGCAUGCUCUACACAACAAUCUCCAAAUAAAAAACUUGGGAUAU